AUGGUCAAUUUUUCGGUCCCGAAGAACUAUACAUUCUCUCCGUCUUCAGCAACGCCGCAUUUGACCAUUAAUCAUGACGUCGCUGCGGAUUUGGAUUCAUCCAAUGCCUUUGAAGGCCCCGAGAAGCUUUUAGAAGUAUGGUUCUCGCCCAGUGCGACGGCUUUACCCGCGAGUGCCGCCCCCAAUGGCUUGAAGAGCGUCUCCUCGGACACCUGGGUUGCCAUGCUUGACAUGGUCAAUUGCAAGAUCUUGUCGGUUCUGGAGUCUGACCAUGUCGACGCCUACCUCCUUUCUGAAUCCAGCAUGUUUGUUUUCCCCCACAAGCUCAUCCUCAAGACUUGCGGCACCACGACGCUUUUACUUGGCCUUCAGCGACUGCUUCACAUCGCUGCCGUGAAUGCUGGCUUUCCGUUUCGCAACGCCAGCUCUGUCGACGACAUUCGAGCUGCGGCAACACCAUACCGCGUGUUCUACAGUCGCAAGAACUUCUUGUUUCCCGACAAGCAAAAGGGCCCCCACAGGAGCUGGAAGCAGGAGGUCAAGUACUUGGACGACACGCUCGAGGGAGGCGGCAGCGCUUAUAUGGUCGGCAAGAUGAACGGAGAUCACUGGUACCUAUACAUUACGUCUCCCAAUCAGGCCCUGACUCCCCCGUUGACCCCAGACUCCGAAAUUCUUUGUGAGCCAACCCCUGCCACCACUGUAUCUUCCAACGGCGGAAGCUCUGCGGGAGGCUCGUACAGUCAGAAUGAUGAGACAUUGGAGAUUCUCAUGACCGAUCUUGACCCCGAGAAUGCCAAGCAGUUUUACUUGUCACACGCGAGUGCGGUCGCGAAUGACAAACUUGCUGCUGAGGCUAAAGAAGCACGCAAAAAGGCACAAGACAGCCUAGGUUGCCUUUCCAGUGCCCCUGAAGAAUUGGAUGUGUUUGGGCAGUGUGACGAGGCCGAGCUCAACGUGGACAAGCCACAAGUUAUCGAAGAGCUCACCACGGAGGGACAUGCUCUUGGCUCUGUGAUUGCCGAGCACUGUGGGCUCAACGACGUGUAUCCCACCUCUGUAUAUCCCGACGCCCGGGUGGACGCAUAUCUUUUCAGCCCCUGCGGGUUCUCUGCCAACGGCGUGGUUCCCAACCCUCCUUCCUUCCCGAGCGAUAAACCAGGUGCCACGCACUAUUUCACAGUUCACGUCACGCCCGAGCCGGGAUUUUCCUUUGCUUCCUUUGAAACAAACGUUCCUGGCGGUCAGAAAAGUCGUACCACGGCCGAGAUCAUUGAGCACGUGGUCAACAUCUUCCGGCCCGGCCGCUUUAGUGUGACGCUCUUUGAGGCCAAGGGCCGCAGCGCGAAUCCGUAUGGCAUGGCCGACGGCGCCUUCAAGAGCCUGUCUAUGCAGCGACUCGUUGACCCCGUCAGGGGCUAUCGUCGCGUGGAUCGCAUUGUCCACGACUUUGAAGAUUACGACUUGGUCUUUCGGUUUUACGAGCGCGAGGAUUGGUUUGGAGACAAGGCUGCGCGAGUUGGCGAGGAGAUGUAA